CGCUUUGUUUACGCAUGCACCUUUCCCUCAUGACAGCCUUGCGCCACCUUGCUCACUUCGAUGCAUCGCAAAUAUAAUGUCGAGGACGGCUGCUUGCUACGACCAAUUUGCGCUCUCAACCUUCUCCAGGGGCAACCAUUGACAUUGCCCUCUGCACAAAUUCAAUCAAUCCUUGACCUUCAUCCGACAUGAGUCCGCGAAUGCUGCAGCGAGAUGCCAGCUGCCCCAAUGGUGGCGUCUUCUAUAGCUGCAACAAAGGCUUCGUUGGCUGCUGCUUGGUGGAGGCAUGCAAUCCAGGCGUUAGAUGUCCGGCAGACAAGGACAGGACACCAGACGGAUCUUCGAGUAAAGAUGCAUCGACCACAACAACCGUCAUCACCAGCACUGUGCCUGCAGCACCGAUCUCGUCAACAACCACAACAAGCGUCACAUUGCUGUCAACAACAACAUCGGAGCCGGUAUCUACUUCAUUACUCGCGAGCUCAACCAAUCGAGCGACAGCUGCAGAAUCACCAGCGCCCGCAGCUGCUCUAAGCGCAGAACACAGUCAUGACAGCGGGAAUGCGACGCCGACAGCUGCCAUCGUCGGCGGAGUCCUUGGAGGUAUUAUUCUCAUCUCGAUCAUUGUAGGUCUGUUGUUCUGCAUUCGGCGCAGAAAACGCACGAAGGUCUACAAAGCGGCAGUCUGUCCCUCGCCGCAUGUCGGAAGUGACAUGUCACCGCAUCCUCUCGAGUCAAGAGUCUCAAGAUUUGCUGGAUUAGUAGGAAAGAAACAGAAAUUUGUGCAUCAUAUCGACAGUAGGCAAGUGGCGCCGCCAGCUGAGAUGGACGGGGCGCCACAGAGGCAUAGUCUUUGCACGGAGUUGCCUGCAAGUAACAAUAGCAUACGGAAUGUUUUGAUGGUAGAGCUGAUGUAGAAUCUGUGGUAAUGUUGGCGAUUUGGUGUUCUUGCGAAAGACCGUGUAGGAUGCGCACGAAUGGUGGAAUAAUGUGAUACCUCAAGUUGGAAGGCAAGCUCUUUUGUAGAUCAAUGUGAGAUAAUUCCAAUU